GCAUUGACGCUUUCGUUCAGACACUUGAAUCCCCCUCUUCCCCUCCCAGCAUGGCUGCAGACUCGAUGGAGAUUGAUGACGCUCUUUACAGCCGCCAGCGAUAUGUGCUGGGAGACAGUGCCAUGCACCAGAUGGCCCAGUCAUCGGUCUUUCUCAGUGGCAUGGGUGGACUGGGAGUAGAGAUAGCAAAGAAUAUUGUUCUGGCAGGCGUGAAGGCAGUCACCCUUCAUGACAUAAAGCAAUGUGAGACCUGGGAUUUGGGCUCCAACUUCUUUAUACGCAAAGAGGAUGUGUUUAGUCAGAGAAAGAGGGUGGAGGCAGUGUGCCCUCGGGUCGCAGAGCUUAACCCCUAUGUUCAUGUUGACAUGUCUUCCUCUAGUCUGGAUGACAACACUGAUCUCAGUUUUCUCAGAAAGUAUCAGUGUGUUAUUAUUACUGAAGCCAGGUUGAGCCUACUGAAGAGAGUAAAUGAGUUCUGCCAUUCACAAAAGCCUCCCAUCAGAUUUAUUUGUUGUGAUGCAUAUGGCAUCUGUGUGCGGGUGUUUUGCGAUUUUGGAGACGAGUUUGAGGUAUCUGAUCCCACAGGAGAGGAGCCCAAAGAGAUCUUUAUCCAAAGUAUAACUCAGGACAGUCCUGGUGUGGUAACCUGCAUGGAUGAUCAACCUCACGGUUUACAGACAGGCCAGAGUGUUGUCUUCAGAGAGGUCCAUGGCAUGGAAGAACUCAAUGGCACUGUACGACAGGUUUCAGUCCUUUCCUCGCAGAGUUUUGCAAUAGGAGAUACAACCCAACUACAACCACAUGCACAUGGAGGUUUCUUUGUCCUCGUGAAAACUCCAAAGACAUACAGAUUUGAAACAAUAGAGAGACAGUUGUGUGAUCCUCAGUUCCUGACCCCAGACUUCAGUAAGCCAGAGGCUCCACUACAGAUCCAUGUUGCCAUGAUAGCACUUGACACCUUCCAGGAGCAACAUGGUAGACUUCCCAACAUUGGGUGUUUACAAGAUGCUGAGGUUUUGCUGAAGCUAACCGAGGAAGUAAAUGCUUCUUUUAAGAACAAAGCUCCUGUAAAUGCUGAAUUAGUGCGCUGCUUGUCAAGAACUGCGAUGGGAACUCUUCCACCAUUAGCAGCAGCUGUAGGAGGCCUAGCCAGCCAAGAAGCUCUGAAAGCCAUCACAGGGAAGUUUUCACCACUCCAGCAGUGGUUUUACCUUGAUGCCAUUGAAGUCGUCGGGCCUCUUCAGUCACUUUCCUCUUCAGAGUUUUUCCCCAGGGGCGAUCGAUAUGAUGGAUUACGAGCUUGCAUUGGUGACUCAAUGUGUCUUGAACUGCACAAGCUCAGGGUCUUCAUGGUUGGCUGUGGUGCCAUUGGCUGUGAAAUGCUAAAAAACUUUGCUCUACUGGGGGUUGGAUUGUCCCAGAGCUCAGGGGAGGUGUGCGUUACAGACCCUGACCUUAUAGAAAAGUCAAACCUCAACAGGCAGUUUCUCUUCAGACCACAUCAUAUACAGAAACCGAAGAGUUCCACAGCAGCAGAAGCUACUUGUGACAUCAACCCAGACCUGCACGUGGAUGCACAUCUCAACAAGGUGUGUCCAGCCACUGAGAACAUCUACAGUGACUCCUUCUACUCACAGCUGAACUUAGUGGUCACUGCGCUGGACAACGUGGAGGCCCGGAGAUAUGUUGACAGUCGCUGUGUAUCCAAUGGAAAACCUCUCCUAGACUCAGGCACCAUGGGAACAAAAGGACAUACAGAAAUUAUUGUGCCAAAUUUGACAGAAUCCUACAAUAGCCAUAGAGACCCACCAGAGGAGGAAAUCCCAUUCUGCACCCUCAAGUCUUUCCCCUCUGUCAUAGAGCACACCAUUCAAUGGGCCAGAGACAAGUUUGAGAAUGCGUUUGUCCACAAGCCUUCCAUGUUCAACUUAUUCUGGCAAACCCACUUCUCAGCUGAAGUGGUGCUACAAAGGAUGCAGGCAGGAGACAGCCUGGAGGGGUCAUUUCAGGUCAUUAAGCUGCUAAGCAGACGGCCUAACAAGUGGGAACAAUGCAUUGCUGCUGCCCGUCUGAAAUUUGAAAAGUAUUUCAAGAGAAAGGCCUUACAACUGUUGUACUCUUUCCCACUGGACACAAGGUUAAAAGAUGGAAGUUUGUUUUGGCAGUCCCCCAAAAGACCUCCAACGCCCAUUGAUUUUGACUUGAAAGAAUCUUUGCACUUUGCUUUCAUUGUCAGCACUGCUCGGCUCUUCGCAGGAAUUAAUAACAUCCCUUACUCAGAAAAGGACCUCUCUAUAGAAGCUGUGACCAGGAUUCUUUCAGAGAUCAAGAUACCAGAGUAUAGGCCGUCAGAGAAAUAUGUAGAGACAGAUGAGUCAGCAAGGAAGCCUGAGCAGAUGAAGAUGCCUCAAAGCAGUGAAGAGGAGCGGGAGGCCAUUACACAGUUGCAGCAGGUCAUUGCUGCCGUCAGUGCCACACCUGAGCGAUUACAGAUGUCUCCACUGCAGUUUGAGAAGGACGAUGACAGCAACGGCCACAUGGAUUUUGUCACAUCAGCCUCUGCUCUCAGAGCGAGGAUGUAUUCCAUAGAGCCAGCUGAUAGACUCAAGGCCAAACGCAUUGCUGGCAAGAUCAUCCCUGCCAUUGCCACGUCAACCGCUGCUGUGGCCGGACUGGUGGCCCUCGAGUUAAUCAAGGUGGUUGGAGGCUAUGCGUUUGAAUCUUUCAAAAACUGCUUCUUUAACCUGGCCAUCCCUGUGAUGGUGCUCACUGAGCCUGCUCAAGUCAAACGGACUCUCAUCAGGGACAACAUCUACUUCUCCAUCUGGGACUGUUGGACUAUUUUUGGCCAUGAGGACUUCACACUCUCUGACUUGAUCAAUGCAGUGAGGGAGAAAUAUGGAAUUGAACCCACUAUGGUUGUCCACGGUGUGAAGAUGCUUUAUGUGCCUGUGAUGCCUGGACACUCAAAGAGACUUAAAUUGACGAUGCAGAAACUGAUCAAGCCAUCAGUAGACCGCCGCUACGUUGACCUGACUGUGUCAUUCGCUCCAGAGGCAGACGGAGACGAGGACCUCCCUGGUCCUCCUGUCAGGUACUACUUCACCUGUGAUGGAGAGAAGCCAUGACACCUUUCUAAAUGUCAUCCUCAAACCUCUUGUGACCUUACUUCUCUUCUAUGUAAAUUGUGCCCCAAUAACCUUGGCCAGGGUCAAGAGCUUUCCCUCAAGAUUUUAUCUGAGAAAGGCAAAGCUCCUGGCCCCAACACAAGCCCCCCCAUGUACUUCAUGGUGCAAGAAAAAACUAGCCCUGAUCCCAGUUUUUCUAGCAGAGGCUGCUUGUAGCACUUAACUGUAUCUGUGUAUAUAUAUUUUCUCUCUUCUGUUUUCUACUCUGGUGAAAUGCACAGCUCUACCUGUGCCAAUGCCUUAAUUGAUAAAUAACCUCAGUAAGAGUCUGACUAAAGAUAAUGUUGCUAGAAACCUGCAUACUCCCAAAAUAAUGCCUCAUGAGUCUUCUUUUCGUUUUCAAUGUGGAACUGUAGGAGUGCUGUAGUGGGUUUGUAGUCUGGAGGUGUCACAUCUUCCUCCUCCGAUUCCUCUCAUUGUUUUUUUCGUGAACACAGGAUUAUCCAGUUGUUGGUGUUCUCUCCUUACAUCAACCACUCAAGAUAAAGAUAGUAUAAAGAUACUCAAAGAUACCAUUUAUCAUUGUUUGUAGACGAUUGUUCUCUUUUGUCAUAUCCCAUUGAUUGCCUCAUAAAACAUUUCUAUCAUAAGGCAUUGGUAUUGCCAAAAUAUUAAAGAGCAACACACAGUGCAGCUUCUUGAUUAGCUUUAUCACGGAAUCGAUUUCAACUGUUAUGCAUCAGCAAGGAUCGCCACUUCAGAAAAGCAUUAAUUGCAUCCCAAUCAAAUUAUGUGCAUGUAAUGCUGCAGAUGUGUGGUGAUCCUAACAGUAAACCACAUGUAGAUGUAGCUGCUAAUCCUACCUGUCUCAUUAAAUGCAGAGGAAAAGACUACUUUUACCACAUUUGGGAAAACGGCAUGUUCUUCAUUAGAUCAAGUAAUGGCAUGAGUUAAAACGGUUGUUUCACACAGUUGUAUCGACAUCUGGGAUGACACUCCUACUCUUUUAAAACCUAUAGAAUCAUUGAUUUCCAUGUAUCUCUUGCAUUUGUUCAUGUGUCCAUGAUAUGUAUUUAUUUACUUGAUACUCAUUUUUGUCACUUUUUGUGUCAAACUGAGCCUGUGUUGAGCUGAGUCAUGGUGCACUGGUUAACUGUUGAUCAACAGAUGGAAGUUUAUCUUGCCCUUCAAUCUAUUAACAGUUGAACGUUGUGGAAAGGUUCUUUUGAAGUAGUCUUGAAAUCUUUAAAGUCACAUUAAAUUUUCUGCCCAUAACCAGAGGUGGUGAAUUUCACUUUGCAGAGAAAAUGUCUAUUUUAUUGACAAGAGUUCUUGUGCAGCGAAAGUGUAAAAACAAAACAGUAUUAAUGAGUCACAAUGAUAAAAAUGUAUGUUCUUGUGACAGACAACUCAACCAACGCUCCAAUAAAAUGUAAGAUUUCAGGAUGUCCUCAAAAA